AUGCCACCUGUUCAAACUGUUUAUUCUCAACAUCAGCCCUCCAACUGGGAAAAGUUUAAAAUGGGUUUGAUGAUGGGAACUACUGUUGGUAUCUGCACUGGUAUCUUAUUUGGAGGGUUCUCUAUAAUUACGUCCGGACCAGGGCCAAACGGUGUUGUGAGGACAUUAGGCCAAUAUAUUGCUGGUUCUGCUGCUACAUUUGGUCUAUUUAUGAGUAUUGGAUCUGUCAUAAGAUCUGAUAAUGGCAUCGAUGGAAAUUAUUUAGCGCACCGCCGUAUUUACCAAGUUCAACAAGAUGCUAGGUUAGAAAUAUGGAAAGCAAGAGCAAAGUAUGGAUUCUACAAGAACGAAUAA